GGUGGGGAUGUGAAUAUGAGUGAAGCGCAGGAUAUGACACAACACCGGAAGUUCCCCCUACAUUCAUCGAAAUUCAUUUAUUUAUGGCUCUACUCGUCUGUGAGCGUUUAUAAGGGCUUUAUGAAGGUUAAUGUUGAGGUAUAAAUCUGGUUUGCAGUAAAACUCGGCGUCCUGGUGUUUCCUGUCAGGAUGAAGCAGGAGUAUCAGGAUCUGAUCCUACAGGCCACGUCGGCGGAGCGUCUGCGUAUGGGCCGUAAGAUCCAGACUCUUUGGAGCGGUUACGGUCAGAUCGUACGUGUUCACCUGCAGGGCUGCGAGCGCUCCUCGGUCGUCGUCAAACACGUCAUGUUUCCUAAAGAGUCCCGGGACACCGAUGUCUCUCACCGCCGCAAGGUCCGGUCCUAUCAGGUGGAAACGCACUGGUACAAAAACUACAGCACCAAUGAGCACUGUCGUAUCCCACGAUGCCUUGCGGCGCAGUCGUUCGGCGAGGAGCAGCUGAUGGUGCUGGAGGAUCUGGACGCGGCCGGCUUCCCGGAGAGGAGGACGAGCGUAAGGGAUGGCGAGAUAAAAGCCUGUCUGCGCUGGCUCGGUAACUUCCACGGGCUUUUCCUUGGAGUCCCAGCGCGCGGUCUGUGGCCCGUGGGGACGUACUGGCACUUAGAGACGCGUCCUGAUGAGCUGGAGGCCAUGACGGACCUGAAGCUGAAAGCAACCGCGCCGGAGAUCGACGCCGUCCUGAACAGCUGCCGCUUUAAAACCAUCUUACACGGAGACGCCAAACUGGCCAACUUCUGCUUCUCCAAAGACGGCUCCCGCGUGGCUGCCGUGGACUUCCAGUACGUGGGCGGCGGCUGCGGCAUGAAGGACGUCAUCUACUUCCUGGGGAGCUGCCUGGAUGAGCGCGAGUGCGAGAAAAGAGCUCCUGAUUAUCUGGACUUUUAUUUUUCCGAGCUGAAAGGUACCGUGCCGGAGAAGGAGAAGAAGAACUUCUCCGAGCUGGAGGACGAGUGGAGAGGCAUGUUCGCCUUCGCAUGGACCGAUUUUCACCGCUUCCUCCUCGGCUGGAUGCCCGGACACCACAAGGUGAACCGCUACAGCAAGCGGCUCACGCAGGAAGUGCUGAACAAACUGGCAGAGAACUCGGAUGGAGCGAAGAGCUGACUCGCAUCAGACUUUCAUCAGACUCACAUCAGUCUCGCAUCAGACUCACACCAGUCUCGCAUCAGACUCACACCAGUCUCGCAUCAGACACACAUUAGACUCGCAUCAGACUCACAUCAGUCUCGCAUCAGACUCACAUCAGACUCACAUUAGACUCGCACCAGACUCACAUUAGACUCGCACCGGACUCACAUUAGUCUCGCAUCAGACUCACAGCAGUCUCGCAUCAGACUCACAUCAGUCUCGCAUCAGACUCACAUUAGACUCGCAUCAGACUCACAUUAGUCUCGUAUCAGUCCAUCAUCACAUCACUAAUCACACACCGAUAUUACGCUGUGUGUUCUGAUUGGCUGAGAGUCAGGGUGAGGGGUGUGGUCUACACUGAUCUGUCAGGAAGCUGUUUACUCCAGACAGUUUGUUGAUGAUAAACACGUGAUUAUAUUAUAAACACGUGAUUAAAGAGAGCGAGUGAUGGACUUCUCACCUCUCCGUCUCUCUGUGUGACUCUGUAAAGCUCCGUGAGCUCGGGGUUUUAACUUAACUCGUAUCCACACAAAGCUGAUAAUCAGAGUUUUAUUUCUCACACAGUUUUUAAAUUCCUCGGUAAUAAAGAUGUUUUUAUUUGAUUAAA